ACGGAAAUCUGUUAAACGGCACUGAUCUUGUAAAUACUCUGUUCACUACUAGUCCGCCAAAAUGUCAAACGUACAAUACGCCGACGUCCAAACUCCCGUUACCUACUGUAAUCCAAUGCCCUUCCCCUUCAAUCAAGCUGGUGGUAGUGCCAAUGUCGCUUACGAUUGUCCUGCUGAUUACGAAGAUGGCUCAUCUGUUCAUUUGGGUUAUGUUUCUGAUAAAUCUUCGCAAAAUUCUCAGCCUGGAUAUUAUAAGAAUCCAGUAGAAUCCCUGGGAUACACCCCCCAGGGCUUGGACCAGACCCUUGUUUCUCAAUACAAUUUGCCACUUGGAACCCAGUCCGUAGACAGUGUCGAUCGUUUUUCAUAUGGCGCCUCGAUUCCGCAGUAUACUUGUGGAUCUACGGUCAGUACCCAGGUUCCAAUGACAUGUUUGCCAAUUGAGUCGCUGAUGUAUGACCCUCCAGAGCAAUACUAUUAUGGAUAUAAUAGUCUUGGUUCGACGAAAUUCAUCGACUCUGCAAGCACAAGUAUGGAUCUCGGAGGUCACUUUGAUGUGACUGUACAUCCAGAUCCCAACAAGGGCUUGGAUGACAAAGUUGUUGAGGAUCGUAGGAGUCUUACAAAUAUGAGUACUUGUGAUUCCACACCAGUAUUUUACCCGACUCCACGUGAAAUACCAACAGAACUAGAAUCACUUUAUCCUCACAAUUUUCUCACCGAGAACUACACUUAUGUCCCAUAUGAAAUGGGUCAGAGUUUUGAAAUGAACAAGACUUUUGAAGUCGGUCCAACCUUUGAGAUGAGCAAGAUGUAUGAUGUGAAUCAAAACUUUAUGUCUAUCAACAAUGCUGGAUAUAAUGCCUUUUCCAUCCCACAGCCUUUUGACAUUGUCCGUAACAUGGACGAUGCUUCAUCCGACGACGCAAUCAUGGAAAUUGCAAAUGAAAUUGCCAGGAAUAUGCAGUUUCUGCCGGACAAGGAUGGGAAUGGGAAAUACUCGUUGGACAAAAACCAUCCUAUUCACUGCGUAUGGAGAGAUUUGAAUAGAGGUCACUGCAGUUGGAGGUGUAGAUGGUGGGAAAAUGGUAAACGAUUGAGUAAGAAUUUCAAUGUUAAGAGAUUCGGUGAUCACGAGGCAAUGAGAAUGGCCAUCACAAUGAAGAUUCGUAACUCUACUCCUGUUGAAAGACUACAAUUACUCAAGGAACAGCGUGAGGCUGUUAGAAACCAUUUGGAGCUGCUGAGGCAGCAAAACAGACCACUUUUUUCAGAGAAUUCCGCGGACCUGAACUCUAGCACCACUUCUACGGAGUCCGCAUUAGACUUUGGUACAAGGAAAACCAAGACUCUCUCAAACACGAAAAAGUUACAAAGGGACAACUGGAAUCGUCUAUCUUGGACUUAUGUGAAACCUCCAGAAAGGAAGCCUGGUGAGGCCACCAUAAUUUGCAGACUAUGUGCAAAGACAACGAGAUGCUCCAGGAGUAGGAAUUUGCAACAAGCACACAUUAUGCAUUUAAUACGUAUGCAUAAAAACCCAUGGAAGCAAUAUAUCCAUGUAGAUGGCCUGACUAAAAUGUGCAAGGCUGCUAUCGAAGCUCUUUACCAACAACAAAAUUUCAACUCACAAUCUAAAUGGAGGCUUAGGCCCGGUCUAAAGCGGCCUGAGCCAGCCUUUUGCUAA